GUCCCCCUCCCCAAUCUCACGCCGGCGGGCGCAGCGCGAGCGAGGCGGCGUUUCGGUUUCGCUGAGCGAGCGGCGCCCGGAGUCCGGCGCGCGCCGCGACCAUGAGGCGCAGCAAGGCCGAGGUGGAGCGGUACAUCGCCUCGGUGCAGGCCGCGGCCCCUUCCCCCAAAGAGAAAUCAAUGAAAGGAUUCUUUUUUGCUAAACUCUAUUAUGAAGCGAAAGAGUAUGAACUUGCUAAAAGGUACAUAUCUACUUAUCUUAAUGUACAAGAGAGGGAUCCCAAGGCACACAGAUUUCUGGGCCAGCUCUAUGAAGCUGAAGAUAACAUAGAAAAAGCUGUGGGUUGCUAUAAGCGUUCAGUGGAAUUGAACCCAACACAAAAAGAUCUUGUACUGAAGAUUGCGGAAUUAUUGUGUGACAAUGAUGUUGCAAAUGGAAGAACAAAAUACUGGGUUGAGAGAGCUUCUAAACUCUUCCCUGGAAGCCCUGCUGUUUACAGACUGAAGGAACAGUUAUUGGAUUGUAAAGGUGAAGAUGGAUGGAAUCAGCUUUUUGAUCUGAUACAAUCGGAACUCUAUGCAAGACCAGAUGACGUCUAUGUAAACAUCAAGCUAGUAGAGCUCUACCGUUCAAAUAAAAGAUUGAAGGAUGCUGUGGCUCACUGUCGAGAGGCAGAAAAGAAGAUUGCUAUACGAUCAAGCUUGCAAUGGUGUUCGUGUGUUGUACAGACAUUUAAGGAAUAUCUGGAAUCUGCACAGGACUCAGAGUCUGAAAAAAGUAUUUGGAGAAGCACCAACAGAGAUCUGCUGCUGGCCUACUCCAACCUUGUGAUAAUGACACUUUCCACUAGAGAAGUUCAAGAAAGCAGAGAAUCACUUGCAAGUUUUGAUCACGCUCUUCAGUCUGUGAAACCAUAUGUGAAUGGAAAUGAUGAGCUGUCUAUUACAUUCCUGGAAAUGAGAGGUCACUUUUAUAUGUAUGCUGGAACUCUCUUGUUGAAGAUGGCCCAGCACAGUGAGAAGCAAUGGAGAGCUGUAUCUGAACUGGCAGCUUUGUGUUACCUUAUAGCUUUUCAAGUCCCUAGACCGAAGACAAAACUAAUAAAGGCAGAUCAAGCUGGACCAGAUAUGCUGGAAAUGUUAGCCUGUGAUCGACAGAGCCAGUCUGGUCACAUGCUGCUAAACUUAAGCCAUGGCAAGCAAGACUUCUACAAAGAGAUUGUGGAGUCUUUCGCAAACGAAAGUGGGCAAUCUACUUUAUUCGAUGCACUCUUUGAGAAUGGAGCUCCUAGAGAGAGAACUUUCCUUGGCACUGAUAAUAUCAGAAAUGUCAGUAUACAGGGACCAGACCAUGUGGAGCUAGGCAGAUAUGAUAUUGGUGCAGUUCGAGUGCACAACGGUUGUCUCCAGCACCUUACAUGGCUUGGUUUACAGUGGAACUCCAUGUCAGUCUUCCCUGAAAUACACAAGUGGUUAAAACAGCUUUUUCACUUGCCCCAGGAAACAUCAAGACUUGAGACCAAUGCUCCUGAAACAAUCUGUAUAUUGGAUCUGGAAGUAUUUCUACUUGGAGUGAUAUUUACUAGCCAUUUACAAUUACAAGAGACAUUUAAUACUCACUACAGUUCACAUCAGCCUCAAUUUUUACCACUGCCAGUGAGCAGACAGCUCUGUAGUGAAAGGCAGAGAUCCUGGUGGGAUGCAGUUAAUAACCUUAUUCACAAAAAAACAGUACCAGGAACAGCGGCAAAAUUAAGGCUUCUAGUCCAGCAUGAAAUAAACACUCUCAGAGCACUGGGGAAACAUGGACUUCAACCUGCCCUAAUUGUUCACUGGGCAAAAUGUCUUCAGAAAACAGGCAGGAAUCUAAAUUCUUUCUAUGACCAAAGGGAAUACAUUGGACGAAGUGUUUAUUAUUGGAAAAAAGUUUUGCCUAUGCUGGAAAUCAUCAAAAAGAAGAAAAGUAUUCCUGAACCUAUUGAUCCUUUGUUCAAACACUUCCAUAGUGCAGAUAUUCAGGUUUCCCAGGUGGCAGAAUACGAAGAGGAGGCAUAUAUAGCAUUUGCUAUGUUGGAUGCAGUUGAUGGAAAAACCGAGGAUGCUUUGCUAGCACUUGAAGCUAUUAAAAAUGUCGUUUCAUAUUGGAAUCUUGCCAUAAUUUUCCAGAGAAAGGCUGAAGAAAUUGAGAAUGAUGCACUCUCACCACAAGAACAAGAAGAGUGCAAAAGUCACCUGCAAAAGAGCAGAGACUAUCUGUUAAAGAUCAUUGAUGAAAGUUUUACAGACACUUCAGUAAUUGAGAAGUUACCAGUGUCAAUAGAAACUGUUAAGGAGAUGCUGGAUACAGUAAUUCAAGAGCUUGGGGAUUAUGGCGAAGAAGAAAGUCCUGUCUUCAAGAAUGGCCUAUCCCGAACUGUAGAUUCAGAAUUUAAACACUCCACUCCAUCACCAACAAAAUUUUCUUUAUCACCAAGUAAAAGCUACAAGUUCUCUCCCAAAACGCCCCCUCGUUGGGCAGAGGAUCAGAAAUCUUUACUUCAGAUGAUCUGUCAGCAAGUAGAAGCCAUUAAGAAUGAGAUGCAUGAAAUGAAGCUCAAUAAUUCCAAUUCAAACUUGUCUCAUCGGUGGCCUGCUGAAGGCUAUGGCACAGAUACAAUGUCAGAUGGCUAUCAGGGAACACAGAACUUUCAUGGAGCUCCACUAACAGUUGCUACCACUGGCCCAUCAGUCUACUACAGUCAGUCGCCUGCAUAUAACUCUCAGUAUCUUCUCAGAACAGCUGCAACCAAUGUAACGCCAACAAAGGCUCCUGUCUAUGGCAUGAACAGGCUUACACCUCAACAACAUAUAUAUGCUUAUCAACAGCCAAUGCAUACACCACCACUGCAGAACACCUCUGCCUGCAUAUUUCCCCAAGAAAUGUAUGGUGGUCCUUUGCGUUUUGAUUCUCCUGCUACUGGAAUUCUGUCUCCACGUGGUGGUGAUGAGUAUUACAAUUACAGUGUUCCACAAGCAAGCACAAAUCCACCAUUGCCUGAGCCAGGCUAUUUCACAAAACCUUCAAUUGGUCCUCUGGUUCCAAAGUCUGCAGAAUCAAAGGCGACAGAAUUUGGGAAAUCUACCUUUGGGCAGCCUGUACCAACAGAAGGAACAAAAUCCUCUUUCACAACACCUGCACAAUCAGCUCAACCAACCACUUUUAAAUUUAAUUCUAAUUUCAAAUCUAAUGAUGGAGACUUUACAUUUUCAUCACCUCAGAUUGUAACCCAGUACCCGAGUGCAGCUUUUAAUAGCAGUGAAAGCCUCUUGGGUCUUCUGACAUCAGAUAAACCUUUACAAGAUGAUAGAUACAUGGGGCAAAAAACAGUUCAUGAUCAUACACCAGGCCAAAGAAAUGCUUUCAGUUUUGGUAACAAAAAUAUUUCGGGCAUUUCGUUUACAGAAAACUUGGGACAAAACCAACCUAAAACCUCAGCUUUUGGCAAGGGUGACAUGUUCAAUUUCCAAGAUCCUGGAAAACCAGUGUUUGGAACCCCAAGUUCAGAUCUGGCCAAUAGAAGUCAUGAAACUGAUGGAGGAAGCAUCCAUGAUGCCGAUGAUGAUGAUGAUGGUCCACACUUUGAGCCUGUAGUGCCACUCCCUGACAAGGUUGAAGUCAAGACAGGUGAGGAAGAUGAAGAGGAAUUCUUUUGCAACAGAGCAAAGCUGUUCCGUUUUGACACAGAAUUGAAAGAAUGGAAAGAAAGGGGCAUUGGAAAUGUGAAAAUAUUGAGACAUAAAAUAUCUGGGAAGAUUCGGCUCCUUAUGAGGCGGGAGCAAAUACUGAAAAUCUGUGCAAAUCACUAUAUAAAUACAGAUAUGAAAUUGCAACUAAAUGCAGGUUCAGACAAGUCAUUUGUAUGGCAUGCUUUAGAUUAUGCAGAUGAGUUUCCAAAACCUGAGCAGCUUGCCAUUAGAUUCAAAACACUAGAGGAAGCAAUGCUUUUCAAGCAAAAGUUUGAAGAGGUGCAGAAUAUUUUGAGAGCCUCAGGAUCAAAUGUUGAUACACCAGCCGUUCAGAGUGUUGGGACUAUAAGAGAAAUAGCAAAUCAGGAUAGCAAGGAGCCUUGCAAAACUACUCCUGGAGCCCUGAAUUUUGGAUUUCGCUUUAAGAAAGAGGAGAUGUGGCAGUGUAAUGUGUGCUUAGUGAAAAACAGUUUAACUGCUUCCCAGUGUAGUGCUUGCCAGGCUCCAAUCCAAAAUACAAACAGUUCUGUAAAGGGACCUGAUGGCAAAAGCAGUUUUACAGUUACAUCAGCUGCAUCUGCACCAAUAUCCUUUUCCUUUGGCAGGGAAAUCCCAUCCACAUGUGCUACUAGUGGAUUUGGGGAACAGUUUAUGUUGAAGAAAGAUCAGUGGGCUUGUAAUGUGUGUCUGGUUCGAAAUGAAGCUACUGAUAAGAACUGCUCAGCAUGCCAAAGUCCGAAUCCAAGAAACAAGGAAAUGCAUGCUGUACCAUUACCUGACACUUUUGAAGCUUUCAAACCCCACACUGAUGCCACACAUGAUAAAUUUGGAUCAGUUUUUGCUAAAAACGGAGGCCACUGGGAUUGCAGUGUAUGCUUAGUAAGAAACGAGCCCACUGCAUCUAAAUGUGUUGCCUGCCAGAAUCCAAAUAGAACUAACGUGCCAGUAUUUGGUCAGCAAGCUUCAUUUAAAAUUGGCCAAGGAGAUGUUCCGAAUACUACACAAAAUGAUUUUGGAGCUGCGUUCUCUAAAAAAGGAGAUCAGUGGGAUUGCAGUGUGUGCCUAGUCAGAAAUGAAGCAAGAGCUAUAAAUUGUGUUGCUUGUCAGAAUCCCAGUUCACCAAGUCAGCCUGAUGUGUCUACAUCUACUAUUCAAGCAUCUGCUACUCCUGGAGUUGAUUCUACCACUGAUGCCAGUAAACCCCAGAAAAGUGGAUUUGAGGGACUCUUCACUAGAAAGGAAGGGCAAUGGGAUUGCAAAGUUUGCUUGGUACGAAAUGAGCCUGCUUCAUCUAAAUGUGUUGCCUGCCAGAAUCCAAAUAGAACUAACAUGCCAGUAUUUGAUCAGCAAGCUUCAUUUAAAAUUGGCCAAGGAGAUGUUCUGAAGACUACACAAAAUGAUUUUGGAGCUGCAUUCUCUAAAAAAGGAGAUCAGUGGGAUUGCAGUGUGUGCCUAGUCAGAAAUGAAGCAAGAGCUAUAAAUUGUGUUGCUUGUCAGAAUCCCAAUUCACCAAGUCAGCCUGAUGUGUCUAAAUCUACUAUUCAAGCAUCUGCUGCUCCCGGAUUUGGUUCUACCACUGAUGCCAGUAAACCCCAGAAAAGUGGAUUUGAGGGACUCUUCACUAGAAAGGAAGGGCAAUGGGAUUGCAACGUUUGCUUGGUACGAAAUGAAGGUUCUUCAGUAACCUGUGCAGCUUGUCAAGCACCAAAUCCAUGUAAUAAGCCUGUUGCUGAUGCCCCAUCAACUCUUACAUUUGGCCUUAAAAGCAAAUUAUCUGAACCUGCUGGAGGACAACUGGGAACAGGUUUUAAGUGUGACUUUUCUGAAAAAGAUUUUAAAUUUGGUCAUACAGAACAAGGAAAAGCACCUUCUUCCUUCACCUUUCAGAUUCCUUCAGAUACUGAAGUAAAAUCUGCAAAAGAAGGAUUUAGCUUUUCAAUGCCUAUGCCCGCAGGUGGAUUUAAAUUUGGCAUACAGGAGCCUAGUAAAAAUAUCACAAAGGAUGAGCCACCCAAAGAAAGUUCCAAUGAUUUCUUAAACAGUGGUAAUGAAAAAGAGAAAAGGGAGAAUUCCUCAAAGGGUGUAACUGGUAUCCAGUCUCAUAACGUCUCUAACAAACUGAACAGUGAUUUAGUUUUUGGCCAGAAUAGCAGCACUUUCACUUUUGCUGACCUUGCAAAAAAUACUUCUGGAGAAGAAUUUCAGUUUGGUAAGAAAGAUCCAAAUUUCAAGGGUUUUUCAGGUGCAGGUGAAAAGUUAUUUUCCUCACAGAGUUCUAAACUGGCUCACAAGCCUAAUACUUCUGUUGAUCUUGAGAAGGAGGAUGAUGCAUAUAAGACAGAGGACAAUGAUGAUAUCCAUUUUGAACCUGUAGUCCAGAUGCCUGAAAAAGUGGAACUAGUGACAGGGGAAGAGGAUGAGACAGUGCUCUAUUCACAAAGAAUAAAACUAUUUAGGUUUGAUCCAGAAACAAGCCAGUGGAAAGAACGUGGUGUUGGAAACUUGAAAAUUCUUAAAAAUGAAGUUAAUGGGAAACUAAGAAUGCUAAUGCGACGUGAACAGGUACUGAAAGUAUGUGCAAACCAUUGGAUAACAACUACUAUGAAUUUGAAAUCUCUGUCUGGUUCAGACAAAGCAUGGAUGUGGUUAGCCAGCGAUUUUUCUGAUGGAGAUGCAAAGUUGGAGCAGCUGGCAGCUAAAUUCAAGACGACAGAGCAGGCUGAGGAAUUCAAACAGAAGUUUGAAGAGUGUCAGAGGCUGCUGUUGGAUAUUCCGCUGCAGACCCCACAUAAACUUGUGGAUACUGGUAGAACAGCUCAACUCAUACAGAAAGCAGAAGAAAUGAAAAGUGGGUUGAAAGAUCUCAAAACCUUCUUGACAGAUGAUAAAACUAAAUUGACAGAAGAAGAGAAUAAAAACUCAACCUCAGCCAGUAGUACCUCUGAUUUAAUUAUAAAGCCACAUGCUGAAAGCACUGGGCCUACUCUGGAGUGGGAUAACUAUGAUUUACGUGAAGAAGCACUGGAUGAUAGUGUAAAUAGCUCUGUGUAUGCCUCACCUCUGGCAAGUAGCCCUGUGAGAAAAAACCUAUUUAGAUUUGGGGAGUCUACAACAGGAUUUAAUUUUAGUUUCAAAUCUGCCUUGAGUCCAUCAAAAUCUCCUGCCAAACAGAAUCAGAGCAGGUUGUCUGUGGGAACAGAUGAAGAGUCUGAUCUUACUCAAGAAGAAGAAAGAGAUGGACAAUACUUUGAACCUGUGGUACCUUUACCUGACCUUGUAGAUGUGGCAAGUGGUGAAGAAAAUGAGCAAGUUGUCUUCAGUCAUAGAGCUAAACUUUUCAGGUACGAUAAAGAUGCCAGUCAAUGGAAAGAAAGAGGUAUUGGGGAUAUAAAGAUCUUACAGAAUUAUGACAACAGACAAGUUCGUAUCGUAAUGAGAAGAGACCAGGUAUUAAAACUCUGUGCUAAUCAUAGAAUAACACCAGACAUGAACGUGCAACAGAUGAAAGGAACUGAAAGAGCCUGGGUCUGGGCUGCAUGUGACUUUGCAGAUGGGGAAAGAAAGGUAGAGCUCUUAGCUGUGCGAUUUAAACUACAAGAUGUUGCAGAGUCAUUUAAGCAAAUUUUUGAUGAAGCAAAACAUGCCCAAGAAAAAGACACCUUGAUUACACCUCUUUCUUCACGUGCCAGUACACCAAGAGAGUCUCCAUGUGGCAGAAUUGCUGUAGCUGUACUGGAGGAAACCACCAGGGAGAGAACUGAUCUGAACCAGGAUGGCGAUACCUCUGAUAUGACACUGGAGGUUUCAGAGAUGUCAAGCACUUCUGAAACACCAACAAAAACGGUGGUUUCUCCUCCAAAGUUUGUAUUUGGUUCAGAAUCGGUCAAGAGUAUUUUCAGUAAUGAAAAAUCAAAGCCAUUCACAUUUGGAAAUACUUCAGCUACAGGAUCUCUAUUCGGUUUCAGCUUUAACUCUCCUUCAAAAAGCAAAAGUGAAGAGGAUAGUUCAGUGUCUCAAAACAUAAUGCAGAGAGAACUAGAGCUCACAGUAACUGAGCCUCAGGAAAGCUACACUGCCAAUCAGAAGCCUACAGACAACAAGGAAGAAAAUUACUUGGUUACAUCAGCAGCAGGAUCAUCUACUUACACAUUUAAAACACUAGAAAAAGGAUUUAAUUUUAGUCUUUUUAAAUCUAAUCCAAUGGCCUUUUGGACCAGCACACCUUCCUUCCAGCCUGAUAGUAAAGUUGAGAGGAAAAAAGAAACUGAUGUAGAACUUCCCUCUGAUGUACUCAUUGUUUAUGAGCUAACACCUACCCCCGGACAAAGAGCUCUUGCUGACUCUCUUAAACUACCUUCAACAUUCUUCUGCUAUAAGAAUAAGCCUGGUUACUUAAGUGAAGAUGAUGAUGAUGAAGACUAUGAAAUGGCUGUUAAGAAACUUAAUGGAAAGCUAUAUCCUGAUGAUCCCAAAGAGCAUAAAACAUCAAAAGAUCCUGCGCAAGGUAUCAUGGGAGAAACUGAACCAGAGAAUGAGAGAGAGUGUUUUAUUGUUUGGGAAAAGAAACCAACUCCUGAAGAAAAGGCUAAAGCAGAGACUCUAAAGCUUCCUUCUACGUUUUUCUGUGGUGUUGGUAGUGAUACUGAUGAGGACAAUGACAAUCUGGAAGACUUUCAGACAGAACUUAAAAAAGUUCAAGAAGCCAAAGAGUUUUUGGAAAACGAAGUUACCAGUUCAACUGAUAUAGUCUGUACCAGUGAGGCUGAAGUAUCUGUUCCAUCAACCACUAGAUGUGAAGAACCAGACUCAACCACAGAAUCCCCCCCCACAUCACAGACUUUGUCAGGAACUGAUGACAAACCUGUUGAUUUGUCAACUAAAAAAGAAAAUGAUCCAAAUUUAACAGAGUCCAUAAACCAAGGAAGCAGAGCAAUCGCAUUUGGAUUUGACGCUACUUCUGGCUUGUCAUUUGCAGAUCUGGCUUCAAAUUCUGGGGAUUUUGCUUUUGGUUCUAAAGAUAAAAACUUCAAAUGGGAAAAUACAGGAGCAGCUGUAUUCGGAGUACAGCCAGCCAGUAAAGGAGAUGAAGAUGAAGAUGGUAGUGAUGAAGAAGUUGUACAUAGUGAUGAUAUCCACUUCGAACCUAUAGUGUCCUUACCAGAGGUGGAGGUGAAAUCUGGAGAAGAGGAUGAAGAAAUUCUCUUCAAAGAGAGGGCAAAACUCUAUCGAUGGGACAGAGAAGUCAACCAGUGGAAAGAGCGUGGAGUUGGAGAGAUAAAAAUUCUCUUCCAUACACAGAAGAAAUAUUACAGAAUUUUAAUGAGAAGGGACCAAGUUCUCAAAGUGUGUGCAAAUCAUGUAAUCACAAAAACAAUGAAUUUAAAGCCCUUGAAUACAUCAAACAAUGCAUUAGUAUGGACUGCCACAGAUUAUGCUGAUGGCGAAGCAAAAGUAGAACAAUUUGCAGUUCGAUUUAAAAGCCAAGAAAUGGCUGAUUCCUUCAAGAGGAGAUUUGAAGAAUGCCAACAAAAUUUGUCAGAACUUCAGAGAGCACAUGUAUCCUUGGCAGCAGAACUGUCAAAGGAAACCAACCCUGUAGUAUAUUUUGAGGUUUCUGCUGAUGAUGAACCUUUAGGACACAUAACCAUGGAACUAUUUUCAAAUAUUGUUCCUCGAACUGCGGAAAAUUUCAGGGCCCUGUGCACAGGGGAAAAAGGAUUUGGAUUCAAGAACUCUAUAUUUCACAGAAUAGUUCCUGAUUUUGUGUGUCAGGGAGGAGAUAUCACUAGGCAUGAUGGAACAGGUGGACGGUCCAUUUAUGGAGAUGCAUUUGAGGAUGAGAACUUUGAAGUGAAACACACUGGUCCUGGAUUACUGUCGAUGGCAAAUCGUGGCCGGGACACCAAUAAUUCUCAGUUUUUUAUCACACUUAAAAAAGCAGAACACCUGGACUUUAAACAUGUGGUAUUUGGGUUUGUGAAGGAUGGCAUGGAUGUUGUGAAAAAAAUGGAAUCUUUUGGUUCUCCCAAAGGGUUGAUGAACAGAAUUGUCAUCACAGACUGUGGGCAAAUAUAAUGUCUAAGUAGCGUUUCUACAGUUAUGUGCACUAACAGCAUAAAUCAAAGUUGGGCUGUUGUAGACUUAAUUAUGUUCAGCUUUUUUAAAAUUGAUAUUUCUGAUGUAUAAAUGUAAAAUUACAACUUACAGAAACAUACUUUUUUAUGUGUUAAUUGACUUUGCAUGUUGUGAAAUAAAGUUAAAACACUGGCAUAUGUUAUCCUGAAAUUUGUUUUAAAUGUGAAAAAUUUAAAAUUAAAUUCUGGUCUUGUUAAAGCAAUUGUCUUUUCUUCACUUUGGUUUGUACAAGGAAUAUUACAUGCAUAAUCUAUUUUCAGUUAUUUUGAUUUGCUACACUUAUGUAUUCGUAUUUUGAAUACAGAAUUAGCUGUCAUGUUUCCAAACUGAAGUAGUUCUAUGUGAGAACUAUUUCCUCUUCUUCCCACUGAUGUACAGAAAAAAUUAAAAAAGCAAAGUGGCAAUUCAUUCUCCUUACUCUUAAGAGCAUUCAGCUGCAAAUAUAAGUUAACUUCCAUCUAGAGAGAAAAAUGAUAUCUUUCCUAAGUUGAAGAAAACGUGUUUUUUCUACCAGAUGGUUUGUUUGUGAAACAGCCUUUGGGUACCUGAACCCUGAAGUUACUGAACUAUUGUGUGUAUACUGUGUUAACAUAAGUUCUUGUCAAAAUCUGACUGAGAACUUGUGAUCUUCCUUUGCUAUUAAUUAAUAUGCUUUGAGAGCCACUGUUUGUAUCACUGCUUUGUAUAUGGGAGACUGCAAAAAUACUUGUAAGGGCAAUUGGAUAAAUAAAGAAUUUGUAAAGCUUAUUGGGUGGGAAAAAAAAAGCUGGUAAAAACUUCGGAUCUUAAAUGAAAAAUAACUAUAUUGUAUUUCUGCAUCUACUGUUACUGAGUGACCUUUUUGGUCCAAAUUCUGCUAGUUUUUUGUUGCUUUUUAUGAUAUCCUGUUUUUUCAGCUGUGGUAAAUGUCUGCUAAAAUCAGAACUGAGUAACUACAUGUACACCAAGGAGAAGAUUUUUCACUAUAUUAAAUAGAAUUCUGUGAAUUUAAAGCAUGUCUUAUAAAUGGCAAUAUUGUGUUCAGA